AUGCCUUCACGAUAUUCCCGUGUCGCAACUUUCCCCAUGGUUCCUCUAUCCGAGAUCAUCAAACUCGAGCCAGAAGAAGAACCUUGGUGUGCCGGUUACGCUCCUUCACAGGGCCGUCGGUGUCACAUGCGCACAAAUGCACGCGGUCGCCGUUCGGCAAUGAUGCUUCUCAACGAGGGUACCAAAGACCUUCAAGCCGGUCGGAACAUUGAUAUACUGCUGGAGGAUUUGGCUCCUCAUGUUUUAUGCACAAGGUUCCAUCAGAACCAAGCUUCGGAUCUUGUGCGUCGCUGGAAAAGACAAGUCCGUACAUACUUCAAUUCGCAGGUUGUUUCAAUUCCACAUACACGGCCAGCGAGAACAUCAUCCCGAAUGAUCUCAGAGACUGCUGCGGCGGAAAUGGAGGAGAAAAUUGCCGUUCUUGAGCAAAAACUCCGUGAGGCUAAGAAAGAGGUCAGACGCCUUGAGGUUGCUCAAUCUGUCCUACCGACUACUACAAGCACUGGUCAUCGCGAGGGAAGAAAUACGAGCGCAGUCGUCAAUUCCAGCAGCAGGCGAAGCGCAUCGAGCGGAAAUACUCCAGUACAUGAUGUUAACGAACCAUUGAGAAGAGACUCGACGGAAUCUUCUACCAAUCAGUCAGCAGUCACAGUACCUCGGCCAGCCCAAGCCCAAGUCAGCCGUCAAACAAGCUCUAUUUCUGUUUCGAGUCCAAGACCAGUGAAUACACCAACUGUGGCUCGCGCCUCCAGUAGAAUUGGUAACACGGCCAGCCAGGAUGAAACACCCCAGCCAAUUCGCCGUGAGGUUGAAGGAGAAUGUGGUAUCUGUUUGUGCGAUUUGCAUAGUUCGCAAGAUGGGGACUUGGACGAAGAAGAGGAGGGCGAGAGCAGCAGUGACGAUGAUGACGAUGACGAUGACGAUGACGAUGAUGAUGAUGAUGAUGAGGAUGAUCGUGAACACCUUAAAGAAUUGGUUUGGUGCAAAGCGCGCUGUGGAGUCAACUUCCACAAACAAUGCAUCGAUCAAUGGCUCGAAAAAGACCACGCUUCCACAUGUCCAACAUGUAGGAGCAAUUGGAAACACUGA